AUGCAUAACAGAGAUGUAAUAACAUGGACGGCAGUGAUUAGUGGAUACAUCAAAUCUGGAUGGAUUGAGGAGGCAAGAAGGCUUUUUGAUAGAGAUGAUGCGAUAAAGGACGUGGUCACAUGGACUGCAAUGGUUAAUGGGUAUUUGAAACUGAAUCUCAAGUUAGAGGCAGAGAAAUUGUUCAUGGAAAUGCCAUCAAAGAAUGUUAUUGCAUGGAACACCAUGAUUGGUGGGUAUAUGCAUGUUGGUGAAAUAGAUAAAGGGCUUGAUUUAUUCAUGAAAAUGCCCGAGAGAAAUGUGGUUUCAUGGAAUUUGGUUAUCACUGCAUUGACAGAAUAUAGGAGGGUGGAGGAGGCAAAAAUAUUAUUUGAAAAAAUUCCUCAGAAGGAUGUGGUUUCAUGGACAACAAUGGUGGCUGGUUUGGCAAAGAAUGAGAGAAUUGAUGAGGCCAGGGAGUUAUUUGAAAGAAUGCCAGAGAGAAAUGUGGUGACGUGGAAUGCAAUGAUCGCAGGAUAUGCAAAGAAUAUGAGAUUAGAUGAGGCUUUUGUAUUAUUUGAAAUGAUGCCUGCUAAAGAUGUAGCCUCAUGGAACACAAUGAUCACAGGUUUUAUUCAAAAUGGCGAGUUGGAGAAGGCAAGGAAGUUGUUUGUUGAGAUGCCUGAAAAGAAUGUGGUUUCAUGGACAGCAUUGAUUACGGGAUAUGUCCAAUUGGAGAAAAGUGAAUCGGCAUUGAUAAUCUUCGCGGAAAUGAUAAGAGAUGGUAAUGUAAAGCCCAACGAGGGAACUUUUGUUAACAUUUUGAGUGCAUGUAGUGACCUAGCCGGUCUUAGUGAGGGACAACAAGUUCACCAAAUAAUUAGUAAAAGUAUCUUGCAGCAUAGGGCAUUUGUUGUGUCAGCAUUGAUAAAUAUGUAUUCAAAGUGCGGGGAGCUUGGUAUUUCUCAGAAGAUAUUUGAUGAUACAGCAGUUAAUCAAAGGGAUUUGAUUUCUUGGAAUUGUAUGAUUGCUGCCUAUGCUCACCACGGAUGUGGAAGGGAAGCGAUUAUAUUGUUCGAUCAAAUGCAAAAAUCUGGGUUUAAGCCUAAUGAUGUUAGCUACGUGGCAUUACUUUCUGCAUGUGUGCAUGCUGGAUUAGUGGAGCAAGGUCUGAAGUACUUUCAGGAGCUUCUCAGUGACGGGUCGAUACAAGUAAGAGAGGAUCAUCAUACAUGUUUAGUUGAUCUAUGUGGUCGGGCUGGAAGGUUGGAGGAGGCGUAUGAUUUUGUCAGGAAACUCGGUCCUAAGGAUUCAUCUUCAAUAUGGGGAUCUCUGCUUGCAUCGUGUACUAUCCAUGGGGAUCUGAGGAUAGGAAGGCUGGUUGCUGAAAGGCAUUUAGUUGAGGGGCCAAAGAAUGCUGGCUCAUUUUGGCUUAUGUCAAACAUGUAUGCUUCUGUUGAGGAUGAGCAAAUUCAACCUGUGCUUUUGAAGGAGCAACCUAAAAGCAAAUGGGAUGAUGAAGAUGUGGAUGAAGAUGAGAUAAAGGAAUCAUGGGAAGAUGAAGAUGAAUCACCCACGGUGCCUGCACUAAAACCUGUGCCAGAAAAGGUCCCCAAGAAGCCUGUGGUAAAGUCUACAAAAGAAAAGACUGUCGAACCAGCAAAGGAAGAGCCACCACUAGACCCCGUAGCAGAAAAGCUUCGCCAGCAAAGGCUCGUGGAAGAAGCUGACUACCGGAACACUAAGGAAUUGUUUGGUUCAAAGUCGAGCACCAAUGAAAAGAACAUUGAUAAUUUCAUCCCCAAAUCAGAAAGUGACUUCUUGGAGUACGCAGAGCUCAUUUCCCAAAGGCUCCGCCUGUAUGAGAAAAGCUACCAUUUUAUCUCUCUGCUCAAAACUGUGAUGAGACACUCAAUGACUAGUUUGAAAGCAGCAGAUGCGAAAGAGGUGGCAUCUUCGGUUACUGCAAUUGCAAAUGAAAAGCUCAAAGCAGAAAAAGAAGCCAAUGCUGGCAAAAAGAAGACAGGUGGGAAGAAGAAGCAGUUGCAUGUGGAUAAGCCGGAUGAUGAUAUUGUGGUGACAGGAUAUGAUGCGCUUGAUGAUUAUGAUUUCAUGUGAGUUUUAAUUAUCUAGAUCAGUAUCCAAUGUUGGCUGCUGAGAGCCUUUCAUUUUGAGUUACAUAUUUGAAGAUAUGAACACACAGACGGUCAAUGCCGUGGCAGUGGUAUUGAGAUUUUGGAGGAGGGUAAAUGCUUUUUAUGGGGAUGUGUUUGGGUUGCUAGAGUCGAAAGCUUAUUCGAAAGGUCUAAUAUUUAUUAACUGUCCUAAGUUUUUUAUAGUGUUGUCUGGUAAGGCGGAAUAAACAGCUAUUACUCUUAUUUUGCUUAUGUGCUUCAGAGUUGGAACUUCUUAGGUGUCAAUUGUUUGCGGUUUGUUAUUGUGAACUGGAUGCCAAAUUUGGGGCUCAAAAGUGACCUUUUCAAAUAGCCCGCCAUGGAUAUGAAGUUUUCUGGAACUUGUUAGUUGCUCGGUUGUAUUAUUGAUGAUGAUUUGAUGAUCUUUGGAAGACGGUGCUUCCAAGUUGGUUGUGGUAAGCUGUCUCGGCUACAUUCUUUUUGUCUCUCCAUUUCUGAACUUCGUGUCUAUUCUAUCUGGAUUGCAUU